UAAAAGGCGGUGGAGGGGCCGCCGUGUUCGUACGGCUGUGCUGGGACUCGUGCGUCGAUGCUGGUGUUGAGCGCCGCCCGCCGCCUGCUGCGCCCGCCCGGGGAGCUGCUGCCGUCGGGGCUCUCCUGCAUGCGGGCGGCCGGAGCCCGCGGCUGCAGCUCGGAUGGAGCGGGUCCGCGCAACCCGCUGGUGUACCUGGACGUGGGCGCCGACAACCAGCCGCUGGGGCGCGUCGUGCUGGAGCUGAAAGCCGAUGUUGUUCCAAAGACAGCAGAGAACUUUAGAGCACUUUGUACUGGUGAAAAAGGAUUUGGUUAUAAAGGAUCCACCUUUCACAGAGUUAUUCCUUCAUUUAUGUGCCAGGGUGGUGACUUUACAAACCAUAAUGGAACCGGAGGAAAAUCAAUUUACGGCAGUAGAUUUCCAGAUGAAAAUUUUCUCCUUAAGCACGUAGGACCUGGUGUUCUCUCAAUGGCCAAUGCAGGACCCAACACAAAUGGAUCUCAGUUCUUCAUCUGUACUGCAAAAACAGACUGGCUGGAUGGAAAACACGUUGUUUUUGGGCACGUAAAGGAAGGAAUGGAUGUUGUGAAAAAAAUUGAGAGCUUUGGUUCCAAGAAUGGAAAGACCUCCAAAAAGAUAGUUAUUACUGACUGUGGUCAGCUGUCAUAACCUUUUGCCCUGCCAUUCAGGACAACUUCAAUGCUGUGAAGAAUGAAUCAUAAAAAAAAACAUUUCUGAUCCCAUGAGUAGCAAUAUGAAGCCAUUUUUUUGUAUUUAACUUGGUCCUACUUUUAUACUUGUAUUGAAUAAUACUGAUUGAAAGCAUAAAACAUGUACGAACUGAGUUGUUGUGGUGGUUGCUGCCAUGCUGAUUUGGCAGAGUCCUACUGUGUUCUGAAAGCAGUAGCACAGUAACUGUGUCUGCCUGUCCUGCUGAUAAUGUUCUUAAUAUGUGAGUGCUUCAGGUGUUACAGUUGGUGGUGAGGCUGAUGAUUCAGAACUCUGUAACUGAGGGGUUAAUAAAAGCUAAAUUGUAAGAUACAAUGCUUCCUUCAGUUCCAGUAAUGUUUUUCUGUUCUGUCUCACCAUCAUUCAGAAAAAUGGUACUAACGGGUGUUUUCAGGGCUAACUGCAGCAAUAAUGUCAAACAUUUCCUUUGCAUCUCAAGUUGAUCCAGUAGAACUAAUGAUGUAUGGCUGUGGGUUUCUUAAUGUUAAAUCUAUUUUUGUCGUCUGGUCACUGUUUAAAAAUGAACUGUUCCUUACUUGCUUUAGCAGAGCAGUAUGAUUUCUGGGUUGAGUAGCAGCCUGCUUCCACAGCUUUUCUUGUGCAAUAAGACCACAAAUAAGCCAGAAGAUUGUCGGACAGUGGACUUGCUUGAAGUACAGUUCUGCUCUGAGGCCCAUCAUGUACUGAACGCAGCACAGUUCUCAAGAUGGGCUAUUUUUGCACUUGGAGAAUAUAAACUAGAGCAUAGUGAGCUUAUUUAAGUGAGCUGUGGGCUCUAUUGCUAUCUUUCUGUACUUCUGGUCCUGCCCCUGGGUAUCUCUUUUCAUUGUGGUUUCUUCUCAUCCAUCAGCAGUAAUCAGAAUUGGUCACCAUGGAAUUGCAUGGCCAGUGGGUACAGCAAAAUCAUUGUGGUUGAUGCAUGAGAAGGAAAAAAGUUUAGCUGAUCAGAUUCUGUUUCAUUUGUAGUAACUGGUGUGUGUUUUUAUGUGGAAUCCUUGAGUCAGUAACAAAUGAUGGAACCUCACAAUACUGCUUCUGCAAUUACUAAAGCUGUAAAAUAUCCAUGCUUGGGGGGAAAAGCACUCGGCUGGUUUUAUGUGAUCAUCUUCUGCUGAAGAGAAAAAAUAAAAUGUGAUAGUUCUGUUCAACUGUGAAUUUACUUCCACUGCAUUCUGCUAACUACGUGGGUUUUAAAGUAAUUUGCACUGCAGUUUUUUUCCUACUUGGAGCUGUGUUCUUAUGUAUACAAAGGAGAAGUGUAAUCUUAAAGAAAAAAUGGGAUUUAUGAGUUUUUCUUCACUAGAGCUGUUUCAUCUUUAUAUCAUUUUUGAUUGAUUUGUACUGUUUUGGUUUCUUAUAUAAUAAUGAUUGUGUUCUCAAUUUGUAUGUAAAAACUAAUUUAAAUAUAGUUCUGACAUAAAAGGAAAAA